AUGCAUCUCAAUCUGAAAGUUACUACUACUCAUUCAGAAGACGAGAUUGCAACAACAAUUUGCCAUAUAAAGGUUACAAAUGCGUCAUCUAAAACUGUUGUCACGUCCGGUAAGAUUAUUCUGGUUGACUUGGGGUACGGUCAGUUCCAAUUGCAUAUUUACAGUGACAAACUAUUAUUUGGUCAGAGAAUGACAAGGAUUAAGCUGACAAACAUAGAUAAGUUUGACAUAGAAUUACAUAGGACAGUGAUAAAAUUCAAAGAUGGUUCUGUGAUAGACUUAGAAAAAAAGCAGGCCGUUUCAUCUUGGUUUAAAUUCAACAGCCAGCUUAGGAGUCUGUUAAACACAGAAGCUAGUGUUGGUUCAGUUGUUGGACCUAACAUUCAAAAGCAGAGGAAUACUCGGCAGAUGGAUAAUAAUGAUACAAAUAAUGCAAAUAUUGAUAAAGAUAUAUCGCUUAAUAGCGUGUAUGACAUCAACAAUAUGACUCCGACAACUCCUCUGAAGGAUGCCAACGUGGGCAACAGACACUCGAGGGUUUGUAGCAACAAAAACAGCAGGAAGACUGGCGACAGUAACGAUGACAGCAACAAAAACCACAAGACUGGAAACAGGAAGCGGCUAUCAGUGUCUGAUAAGGAGAACAUGGGUGAGGACAUCUCUGCAGACAACAACAACAACAUUCUCUCAGUGCGACGACCAAACCCUCGCAAUGAGACUGCCAUGCCAAAUAGUUUUUUUGGAUAUUUUUCAAUGUUAUCGGCCCUUUCUUCAGUGAGUUUUACUGUCAAGGGUAGCGAAGGUACCACGUCAUCCAAACCGGCAAAUAUCCUGCAGACAUCUUCAGACGAAUCAACGUCAUUGCGUGGACUAAGCAACUUGGGCAAUACCUGUUACAUGAAUGCUGUUUUGCAAGCUUUGUUCGUCCUCGAACCGUUUGUUGCCGAUGUUCACAUCGUCUAUCAACAAUUCAUGCAACACGCCGCAGACAAAGUAUCAAGCAUACCUCUAUUUAAGUCAAUGCAUCAGUUGCUGAAGUCGAGAGUCAACAACUCCUUCUCGGCAAGCACCUACACCAACUACGACAGCAGCAGGAGCAAUGAUUUGCUACUCAUGAAAGAAUCAUUAAGCCAUAAAGCCGGGAAAUUUUACGGGACAGAACAGCACGAUGCUCACGAGUUUUUGUCCGAGUUGUUGAAUCACAUGAAGGAAGAAAUCACCGCUCCUUUCAACGCCGUAGUAGCUGCCUCGGUAGAACUACUUACAUGGUUAAGAGCAUUGCCGGCGUCAUCACAAGAUUCCACACAGCUAUCCACACCAUCAACCGUAUCGGCAGAUUCGCCACGUUCAGCCAACAACAACAACGAUGUUUCUUCUCCGGGAAAUGUCCGCGACAACAUCAACACCACAACGGCAAGUUCUCACAACAACGACAACAAUAACAACAAUAUUAACUUUGAUGAUAACCACGACAACAACAACAGUAACAACAACAGUACCAACAACAACAAUAUUAACUUUGAUGGUAACCGCGGUAACCGCUACGACAACAACAACAACAGCAGCGAACGUCAGGGAAGUUGUUUUGACCCGUCCGUUAUAUCUUACUUUGCUGAGAACAAUCCGACCACAAAAAACUUUCAAAGUAUUCUUAGACACAGCACCACAUGCGAAAGAUGCUUCAAUCAGGUAUUCUCAACAGAGUUGCAACACGAUCUUCUCCUAGACGUCUCAUCCUCCGAAGAGUGGAUAUCAGGAUUUGUUUACAAGCACCCACAAAUGUUUUGCACCAUCUUCAGAGAAAGGUCUGCACUUAACUGCAGACCAAUCAGUUUGACUAGCCUCGUUACUUGCCUGGGCGAAUACUUCAAAGAGCAGUCGAUAGAGUAUUCGUGCGAACACUGCAAGAACUCAAAAAGGGCUAAUCGACUUACAAAAUUUUACAAGUUGCCCAGAAUCCUGACGGUGUUAUUGAAGAGGUAUAAGAUCAAUGAUUUGAUUCAGCAGAAGGUUUCCAACAACAUCGGCCUGCCACGAUUUCUGGAUUUAAGUACGUACUGUUGGCGUGACGCCAGUGUUCCGCCUGCUUUCCAAAUGAUGAGUUCCAACUCGAUGUUGCAGCUGGAAAGAAAUAGUGGCACUGCUCAGAGGACCAAUGAAACGAUGGGGACAGGGCACGUUGUUGGUGACACAGAGAAAAACAUCCAGUGCAGUAGCAAAACUGAAAUAAAACCAAAGCUUGGUAUUUCUGGCGAAACUAGAGCUAGUGGCAGCAGCUACAACGACCACAACAAUGAGACUGACAGGAACUCUGAUGCCAAUGUUACAAGAGACCACCACAGUGUAGAUGAUAGACCUGUUGGAUCUCAUACACAGAAGCCUGAAGACUCACAUCCAACCAGUAGUAGGAAGUCUCCAGAUGGAGCUAAUGGCACAACAAAUUCAUCUGGUACAGAAUGUAAAUUGAAGGGUGGUGCAGCUGAAAAAGACGACAUUCGAAAACAACCACCGCUACAACAACAACCACAAACAUUUUUGCUACAACAACAACAACAACAUUUUCUAAAACAACAACCACAACAAACAUUUUUGCUACAACAACAACAACAACCAUUUUUGUUGCAACAACAAUCGCUUCUGCUUGAACAGCAAUUACAACAAGAGCGAAAAUCACCGCAAAAACUACAGAAUCAAGACCAUCAGGUUGACCCGAAUGUCAAAACCCCGUUUGACUAUUGCCACCAAGUUAUAACUUCUGUGGAACAAGCCCGACCAUAUUUUUCAGUUUCCGGUUAG